AUGUACGCCGACGAGAUUGAAAAGGAAAGAAAGAUAACUUCCACAUAUGGAAGAAGCAAAAGUUCUCGCGGUGGUAUUGAUGGAAAGUGGAAGCAUGAUAUGUUCCAGAAGAAUGACCGCAAACCGAACCCACAAAUACGCAGAAAGUCUACUUUGCCAGCGCGCAAUAUAACUGUUUCAUCUAUUCGCGGUGUUCGUCAUGUCACCCCAACUGUCGUCCUUCCAGCUGGACCAUCUACUUUGUUCAUUAGCAACCUGGCCUCAACUGUCACACAAGAAGAUCUAGAGGAAUUGUUCCAAGAAUUCGAUCCUGAAGUAGUUACCCUUCAUCAUGACGCCGCUGGUAAUAGCUUGGGAACCGCUGAUCUUGUGGUUCCAUCUGAAAAAGUUGCAAUAAUCAAAAAGCAAUUCGAAGGUGUCAUGCUUGACGGACAGGAAUUCGAUAUUCUCGAGACUAAUGUACCAAAGCAGACCUCUGUGUUCGACCGCAUUCAAAAGGUUGAUCGUAAACCAAUGAAGGCUCGCAUUCGUCUCUCUGGAAACCCAAAAGUCAAGCGCUCGUUUUAA